AACUCGGGAACGGUGUUUCCACGUGGUGGGAGGAGCGGAAGAGAAGCUCUGGAGAGUGCCUAGAACCUUUUCACAGAAUGGAGGACAAUAGGAAGCUUGCUACAGUGGAAGACACUGUGGAAUACCACUUGUUCCUCCUAACAAACGACCCUAAGGACCCCGAAGAACACAAAGAGGUUAUGCUGAAGUAUAUCGAGAAAAUAAUGACCCACUUUGCACCCAUGCUGGUCCCCUAUAUCUGGCAGAAUCAGCCUUUCAAUCUCAAGUACAAACCUGGAAAAGGAGAUGUUCCUGCUCAUAUGUUUGGCAUAACAAAGUUUGGGGAUAACAUUGAGGAUGAAUGGUUUAUUGUUUAUAUAAUAAAGCAAAUUACAAAGGAAUUCCCAGAGAUAGUAGCAAGGAUUGAAGACAAUGAUGGUGAAUUCUUGUUAAUAGAAGCAGCUGACUUUCUUCCUAAAUGGUUGGAUCCCGACAACAGUACCAAUAGGGUGUUUUUCCACGGUGGAGAGCUGUGCAUUAUUCCUGCACCAAGGAAACCUGGAGCAGUAUCCUGGCUGCCCACCUCAACCCCAACAAUCCCACAAGCCUUAAAUAUAAUCCAAACACAUCCAGAAAAAAUUGUGGCUUCCGAAUCUAUACGAACAGCUGUGAAUAGACGCAUCAGAGGGUACCCAGAGAAAAUUCGAGCGUGCCUUCAUCGAGCCCAUUGCUUCCUUCCAGCCGGCAUCGUGGCAGUGCUAAAGCAGCAGCCCAGACUGGUGGCUGCAGCAGUGCAGGCAUUUUACUUGCGGGACCCCGUCGACCUGCGAGCCUGUCGGACUUUCAGAACAUUCUUACCUGAUUCACGAAUAAUGACAUCUGUCACCUUCACUAAGUGCCUGUAUGCACAGUUGUCCCAACAGAAGUUUGUGCCAGACCGGCGAAGUGGAUACCAGCUGCCUCCCCCAUCUCAUCCCCAGUUCCGAGCCCAUGAGUUGGGCAUGAAGUUGGCUCAUGGAUUUGAGAUCUUGUGCGCCAAAAGCAGUCCGCAUUUUUCCAGCCCCAAGAACUCUCUUGGUCCUACUUCACCUCUGUGGCCUGCCUUCCUGGAAAGUCUGGAAAAAAACGAUUACUUUAAGGGACAGAUAGAAGGCUCUGCUCAGUACCAAGGAAGGCUAGAAAUGGCAAAGAACUACUUCCAACUCUCAGUAAACCCUCCGGAAAGCGCUCGUGCUCUGAGCCCAGGUGAAGAAAUCUUAACCCUGUUACAGACAAGACAAUUUGACAUAGGAGACUUUAAGAAGGAAGAAGCAAACCUUCCCCCUGAGGAUGAUGACAAGUGGCUACAUCUCUCACCAGAUCAGCUGGAUCAGCUACUGCAGGAAGCUGCUGGCAAAAAAGAGUCAGAGCCCAUGUCCCAGGUAGAAGAGCAGAACUAUGACUUGACUCACGUCUCGGAGAGCAUGAAAGCUUUCAUUUCCAAAGUCUCAACCCACAAGGGAGCAGAACUGCCUCGAGAACCUUCCGAGACUCCAAUCAGUUUUGAUGCAGAUGCUUUUUUUAACUAUUUUGAUAAGAUUUUAGGCCCAGGGCCUAUUGAAUCUGACUCUGAUGAUCUGGAUGAGGACGGCUUUGAAUGUUCAGACAGUGAUGAUGAAGACUUGGAUUUUGAAACACAAGAGCCUGGGGAAGAGGCAGCUCUGAAAGGAACUCUGGACAGUUUGAAGUCAUACGUGGCACAGAUGGACCAGGAACUAGCGCACACCACCAUUGGCAAAAGUUUCACUACACAGAAGCAAGUGGAAUCUCUAACCCAAGUUACCAGUAACAAUUCAGAUGAUGAAGAUUCCGAUGCAGAAGAAUCAGUUUUAUCACCCGUGGAUGUGGACCUGAACCUGGUUUCAAAUAUAUUGGAAUCUUAUAGCUCACAAGCUGGACUGGCAGGACCUGCUUCCAACCUUUUACAAAGCAUGGGAGUGCAACUGCCUGACAACACGGAUCACAAACCCACAAGUAAACCGACGAAGCAUUAACCAGCA